CUUGAUUUCAAAAGAGAACCAUAGUCUCAGUUCAGAUCCUCAUCAAAACAAGAAGAAGAUUUGUUAUUUCUCUACACGUUCCUUAGCGGCAAUGGCUGUCGGAAAGAAUAAGGGCCUCAAUAAAGCGGGCAAAAAAGGGUCGAAGAAGAAGGUGAUCGACCCUUUCACUCGUAAGGAUUGGUAUGACGUGAAAUCUCCUGCCUUGUUUACCAAUCGCAAUGUGGGGAAAACUCUGAUCAACAGAACUCAAGGCACAAAGAUUGCAUCUGAGGGUCUGAAGGGUAGAGUCUUUGAAGUAUCAUUGGCUGAUCUUCAGAAUGAAAGUGAUGCAGAAAGGAGUUUCCGCAAAUUUCGCCUUAUUGCCGAGGAAGUUCAAGGGAAGAAUGUCCUUACUAACUUUUAUGGAUUCAACUUGACCACUGAUAAGCUUCGCUCUAUGGUCAAGAAGUGGCAGACUUGUAUUGAAGCACAUGUAGAUGUCAAAACUACUGACGGAUACAGCUUGCGUGUGUUCUGUAUUGGUUUUACAGAAAGGGUUCCCAACCAGGUAAAGAAGACCACAUAUGCCCAGCAUCAACAGGUAAAAAAUAUUAGGAAGAAGAUGGUUGACAUUAUUUCCCGUGAGGUGUCCAACAGUGAGCUUAAAGAAGUCGUCAACAAACUGAUCCCGGAUACCAUGGCUGAUGAUAUCCGUAAGGCCUGUAACUCGGUGUACCCACUUAAGGAUGUGCAUAUCCGAAAGGUUAAAGUUCUUAAGAAGCCACGUUUUGAUCUAAACAAGCUUAUGGAAAUGCAUGGUGAAAGUGGUAAGGCCAUUGCAGCAGGUGAUGAUGUUGGUGCCAAGGUUGAUCGCCCUGACAACUAUGAACCACCUGUACAGGCUAGUGUCUAAAAAAUAAAGAUGUAUGGGUAAA